AUGAAAGUGAACCAGAAAGAUUCAGAGAAACUACUUUGGGAUCAGAUGAGAAGCUCCUCGUGCAAAGCCAUUCCGGUCACUGGCUCACAAAAUCGAGCCUUGCCCAAGCUCUUGCUCUGGCUCAUCCUCUUCGUCUCCGCCACCUACGUCGUCUACACUCUGAAGCUUGUUGGGUCUUCACGCGCUUGUGACGAUGAUAUCUUCAGCAAACCCAAUCGAAAAUCUGUACUGAUACAUUCAUCAUCAACAUCAGGAAAACCCAACUCAACAAUCCCAUCAAAUUAUUUCCUGCAAAAUCAAACCAUGUUUUCUAGUGAAAAAAUCCCCAAAACCCACCAAAAAACAGAGCUCAAAGACAUCGUUUUCGGCAUUGCAGCCUCGGCGAAACUUUGGGAAAAGAGAAAGAACUACAUAAAGCUUUGGUGGAAACCCGAAGAAAUGAGAGGCAUAGUAUGGCUAGAUAAGCCAGUAAACAACUCCAAAAAUGAGGGUCUUCCACCGAUAAAAAUCUCCGGCAACACCUCUCAUUUUGCCUACAAGAACCGGCAGGGUCACCGGUCGGCGAUUCGGAUUUCUCGGAUCGUAUCUGAGACACUAAGGCUAGGAAUGGAGAAUGUGAAGUGGUUUGUGAUGGGCGAUGAUGAUACAGUCUUUGCUAUCGAGAAUUUAGUUAGAAUAUUGAACAAGUAUGAUCAUAAUCAGUUCUAUUACAUUGGGAGCUUAAGUGAGAGUCACUUGCAGAACAUUUAUUUUUCUUAUAGUAUGGCUUAUGGUGGUGGUGGGUUUGCAAUAAGUUAUCCAUUAGCAAAGGCUCUUGACAAAAUGCAAGAUCAGUGUAUUCAAAGGUACCCUGGGUUGUACGGCUCUGAUGAUAGAAUGCAGGCUUGUAUGGCUGAACUCGGUGUUCCACUCACCAAAGAACUCGGUUUCCACCAGGUCUGUGCUACUUUCUUGUUUUGGGUUUUCUUGCUUUUGUGUUUGGGGUGUUUUUGA